UUAGCCAAUCCAAGCUCAUUUGAAAAAGAUGGCGGACAGCGGUAAUGCCGAGCGCGCUGAGGACCCUUUCAAAAGUCUUCUCGGCGAAAUUACCGAAGACCAGUGGGAGACAUAUAAAGCGCUAAAAAAACACCAAGGCAACUUGGUGAUUGACAGCUCGUCGGAGGACUCGAGCGACGAAGGCGAUGACACGGAAGACAAGCGUCUCCACGUGGGCUCUGUUGCAUCCACAGAAACUCCGACUGCAGACAACAGCAGCGACGGAUCCGAGGAUGCGGACGCUUUGCAGUCGCAGUCUACACUUACCGACAAGUACCUCAACGGAGAGAUCAGCUUUGCAGAGUUUACAGAUCGCCUGGAUGACCUCAAAGUUCCGAAAACGGUACCCGGGUCAGAGAUUAGCACGCCGAAAGAGCAGACGGCGUCGGAGGAGAGCGACGAUCCCUUCAAGGAGCUCGCUCCCACCACUAGCAGACGGGGUCGCAGGAAAGGCAAGCGGCCGAUGCAGCGCCCGAGCCGCCUGCCAAAAGACCUGCAGGGGCUGAUGGGUGAAGCAAACCUGUGCUUUGCACGCGGAGACCAUGAGGAUGCCAUCAAGAUGUGCAUGGAAGUCAUUCGCCUUGUGCCCCGUGCCCCGGAGCCCUUCCAGACGCUGGGCAUGCUAUACGAGGAGAUGGGCGACCCGGCCAAAGCCCUGCAAUUCUCCCUGAUCGGGGCCCACCUGAGCCCGGACGACGCGGACGAAUGGGCGCGCCUCGGAGAGCUAAGCCUGGAGCAGGGUGACGUGCGCCAGGCGACGACCUGCUACGCCCGGGCGGUGCGGGCGGACCCCUCGAACCUGGACCUGCGCCUCGAGCUGUGCACCCUCUACGAGCAGGCUGGGGAGCAGAGAAAGGCCCUCGACUGCUGCUCCUCUCUCGUGCAGCAGAUGGGGCCCUCUCAGGGGGCACAGUGCCUGCAGCUGUCCAGAGAGCUUGCCAAGGUUCAUCAUCAGAGGGGCAACGUGGCGGCAGCCAUCAACGUGCUCCAGAGCGCACUCACCAAGUGUCCCUCCGACAUUGCUUCCGAAGACGUGAACAUGUUGUUGGAGCUCCAACUCGGCGAGAAGCUUUACGUCGACGCCUUGAUGGUGCUGCACACCCACUGUGGCGUCCGCCUGCUUCCUUUGGAAGCGGACAAAGAGUUUUCCUCCGCCAUUUCUUUGGAGACGGGAGGUGUGAAACGCUUUGAAAGCUGCGAGGUGCCCAACGUGCUUCCGGUCGACCUGCGAGUCAAGCUCGUGCUCAGCCUCAUUCACCUCGACGGUCAGCAUCUGGUGCUGGGCCUUGUGGAGCAGCUGAGUACCGAAGAUCCUGAAGAGGUGGGGGACCUGAUGCUGGACGUGGCCGAAGCGUUCCUGGAGAAAGCAUCUCCUGGUCGAGCCCUGCCCCUGCUCGCUCAGCUCGUGGAGAGCAAGAACUACAGCCUGGCCGCCGUGUGGCUGCGCUACGCCGAGUGCCUCCAGCAGCUGGGACGCUUCGAGGAGGCGACGUCGGUGUACCGGCGCGUCUGCCGCAUGGCCCCGGGGCACGCCCAGGCACGCCUCGCCCUCUGCUCGCUCCUCCUGAGGCAGGGACGCACCGACGAAGCCAUCGCCUGCCUCGAGCCAGGCUACAACAAUGAAGAUUCUGCCACCGCUAACAGUGAUGUCACCGCAGUGGGCAACACUCCACAAGAGGCGGCUGGGGUGCUUCUGCGUCGUGCACAGCUACUGCUAGAGGCCAAGCGUAAUGAUGCCUUUGUGGAUGCUGCCAUGUUGCUGCUUUGCAGUCACUGUCCUCAAGUGGAGACCGACAAUGAGUAUGCCGCGGUGUACUCCAACUUUUCGUAUCGAGGCCGCAUGGAGGUGUUGCGUGACCUGCUCCAGAAGAGAGGUGUCGUACCUAACAAUUGGCUGACAUCGGAUAGCGGCAUAUGCAUCGACGACCUUUGGACCUGUUUUCUCGACCUUUUCCGUGUGCUGCGCGAAUUGGGCCGCACGAAAGAGCUGCAGCAGGCCGUCACUCAAGCGCUGGUGUCGCCGCUGUUGAACAAGGAAUUAUCCAGAACGAAGGAGAUGGAGUUCUUAAGCCUUGUGGCUCACUACAACGACCCCGACGUGGAAGAGCACACAUACUCCCUGUCAAGGGCGCUGGUGCUUAAAAAUCCAAAGAACAUCCGUGCCUGGAACUUGUUUGGGCUGGCGGUCAAUGUGAGCCCCGUGAUGCGGCACAACCGGUUCUGCCUCCGGCUACUUUACAAAUACCCGGACAGCAUACCUCUUGGGCUUCUGAACGGUCACAACGCCCUGGUGUCGGGAACAUACAAGCAUGCCAUCGGGGAGUACGUGCACCUGAUGCAGGAGACGGAGCAGCAGAUCCCACUGGUGGUCUUCUGCGUGGGCCUCUGCCUGACGCACAUGGCCUGCCAGAAGUUCUCGGCCAAGCGGUACUCCCUGUACGUCCAGGCCGUCGCCUUCCUCGGCCGCUACGCCGAGCUCCGGGGACGCUGUCAGGAGACGUCCUUCAACGUCGCAAGGGCACUGCACCAACUGGGACUGCUUCACCUGGCUGCGCACCACUACAAGCAGGCUCUCGAAAUGCCUCCCCCAGUGACCGGAAAUGAUGAGGUGUUUGACCUGCGCAGAGAGGUGGCCUUCAACUUGAGUCAGUUGUACAUGUCUAGUGGCAACACACGACUCGCAAGCUACUACAUCUCGAAGUACUGCAUUAUCUGAAGCUAAGAAUCUUGCCACAAAAAAAGGUCAUAGACUUUGACUCGCAAUUGCAAGACAUCAAAACAAAAGGACAUUCGUUUUCACUUUUGCCGGCCAGGUGUGGUGAGGUACACUAACUCUUGUUGGUGCCGUGUUGUAAAUAUCUCGCGUAAAAAAAAGAAUUAAAAAUUAUACAAGCUUGAUUAUGCUGACCAA